ACGGCGGAGGGUACCGGCCGUUCUGCGGCCUCUGCCCGCGAUGGGGCCGCCUCAGUCAGCGCUGCUCCCUCGCGGCUCGUAACCGGAGCUCCCCGGGGCUGCCGGUACCUGUGUGCGGGUGGGCCCGGUGCUGCACCAUGCUGACUGCCCCAGCAGAUAGCUCUGGUGACUACAAAAAGCAGAAGAUGGAACUGAGCCAGAGCCAUGGCAGCUCUGGUUUGCACUACUCAGAAGAUACCUUUGAGUCCUUCAGUGAAGAGGAGGAAACCCACUGGCAGAGAGAAAGUGACCCAUCUGAAUCAUAUUGUUCCACAGAGGAUUUGAAGGGCUCUGCUAUGUCAGGUGAACAGUCUGAAGUAGCAGAUUCUGCAGCUGCACAAAGAGAACUCGUGGAACACUGGAUUGGUCUGAUAAGUAAAAAAUCUGGCAUUAAGCAAGACAGAUCGGUCAUAAAAACUCAUGCUGAAAUAAGUGAACUCUCAGAUGAAGAACUGGAUGCUCUCAGGUCUUUUUGCACUAAGAAGGUCAAUGGGAUGCGUCAGCAGCUGAUCUCCAAGCAGACAAAUGGUGGCAAGUCAAGAAAGCUGCAUAUGGGGUUGACAGCAAAGGAGCCAGACACAAAUGACUUGAGCUGCAUUGUUCCUGAUGGGCUGAUGAACAGAAUCCGCCUGAAAAAUAUCAGGGAGACUGUUAAACAGGUGACCGAAGCUCAGAUCCAUGAUCCCUCGGUGUGCCCUGACUGUCAGGAGAAGGAGGCAGAGCUAGCCAAGAUCACCUUCUGCAGAAGAAAGAAGGUUCUGAUGGAAAGUGCUUUAAUCCAAGAGAAACUGGAAGAACAGUUUUACUUCAGAGAUACGCUCACGCUUCUAGGAGAAGCACUUGGAAGCUUACCCAAACCUUCAGAGGAUCCCAGGAACCUAAGGCAAAGGCUGAGAGAUAAAGGAUGCAUCGAGUUUGGUGGCUGUCUGAAAUCCUCAGCUUCAUCAAAAUGAAGGCCAGAAAUCAGACCUAAGCUACUGCAGCUGUGUUGUUUUAAUAGGAAGCUGAUUGUACAUAGCUGACCAUUAGGCUAACUCAAACCUCACAGAAUCCCAGAAUCCCAAAGGUUGGAAGGGACCUCGAAAGAUCAUCUAGUCCAACCCCCCUGCAAGAGCAGGGUAACCUAGAGUACAUCACACAGGAACU